UCUCUCUCUCUCUCUCUCUCUCUUCAGCAUCACAACCAUGGCUACUGCAGUGAGCGCUGCAGUCUCUCUUCCAUCCGCGAAUUCUUCUUCUCUUCCAACCAGAACCUCCAUCAUCUCACCAGAAAGAAUCAACUUCAACAAGGUCCCUUUGUACUACAGAAAUGUGUCAGCUGGUGGGAAAUUGGUCUCCAUCAGAGCCCAGGUCACAACAGAAGCUCCUGCCAAGGUUGAGAAGGUCUCUAAGAAAAUGGACGAAGGUGUGGUUGUGAACAAGUACAGGCCUAAGGACCCAUACAUCGGAAGAUGCCUUCUCAACACUAAGAUCACUGGUGAUGAUGCUCCUGGAGAAACAUGGCACAUGGUCUUCAGCACUGAAGGAGAGGUCCCCUACAGAGAGGGGCAAUCCAUUGGUGUUAUUGCUGAUGGUAUUGACAAGAAUGGUAAGCCUCACAAGCUGAGGUUGUACUCAAUAGCUAGCAGUGCCCUUGGUGACUUUGGAGACUCCAAAACUGUUUCCUUGUGUGUGAAAAGGCUUGUAUACACUAAUGAUGAAGGGGUGGUAGUUAAGGGAGUUUGCUCAAAUUUCCUGUGUGACUUGAAGCCUGGAGCUGAAGUGAUGAUUACUGGACCUGUCGGAAAAGAAAUGCUUAUGCCAAAGGAUCCUAGUGCCACCAUUGUGAUGCUUGCAACUGGAACUGGAAUCGCCCCUUUUCGCGCAUUUUUAUGGAAAAUGUUCUUUGAGAAGCAUGAAGACUAUAAGUUCAAUGGCUUGGCAUGGCUGUUCUUGGGUGUUCCCACAAGCAGUUCACUUCUCUAUAAGGAGGAAUUCGAGAAGAUGAAGGAGAAGAACCCAGAUAACUUCAGACUUGACUUUGCAGUGAGCAGAGAGCAAACCAAUGACAAAGGCGAAAAGAUGUACAUCCAAACCCGAAUGGCUCAAUAUGCAGAAGAGCUAUGGGAAUUACUCAAAAAGGAUAACACCUAUGUCUAUAUGUGUGGGCUUAAGGGAAUGGAAAAGGGAAUUGAUGACAUUAUGCUGUCCUUGGCAGCUCGAGAGGGCAUUGACUGGCUACAGUAUAAGAGGCAGUUGAAGAAGGCAGAGCAAUGGAAUGUGGAAGUCUAUUAAUGCUUUGCUUUCUUGUACAAAUUAUCUCCUAUUCUUGAGGCAGGCAUCCUCAAGUGAUUUCCUCUGUAUUGUUGUAGAUAGGUAACUAUUAACCUCCUUUGUUGCUUAUGCUCUUUUUCUUUGUUUUCUUCCAUUUUAUUUUACUUAUAAAACAGUUGUAUUUUUAUAGCCUCUCUAAUAGUUUUACUAUUUUUGAGGGCAUGGUUCAUAAAAAUAUAGUGCAAGUGAACUUUCAGCCUCCUUUUGUCAAUUCCUGGCAUUAUUUUCCCAUUUAUCCAUUCAGUUGUUUAUUAUUA